AUGUUAAGUCAGUGCAUGAGAAGCUUCCGAGUUUGGCAGCUGGGGAAAUAAAAUAUAUCUUUUUCUUUCGACAUGAAUCCAUUGGUAAUUGCUUUGUGCGCCCUCGUGGCAGUGGCAUUCGCCGCCCCCGUCGACAACACCACUCUAAUCCCCAUUCUCAAGCAAGCUCUGGAUGGGCCCAACCCCGACGGAUCCUACAACUACAGCUACGAGACUGGUAACGGAAUUCAGGCUCAGGAAGAGGGUCAUCUCAACAAUGUCGGUACCGACAGCGAGGCCCUGGAGGCACACGGCAGCUUCAGCUAUACCGACGCCGACGGCCAGACCUACCAAAUCUCGUACGUAGCCAACGAGAAUGGAUUCCAGCCAGAGGGUGCUCAUUUGCCCACCGCGCCCCCGGUACCACCUCAAAUCGCAAAGGCCCUUCAGUACAUCGCCGAACACCCCGAGGAAAACGAAGAGCACUAAAGAAUACCGAAUAAAAUUGUGUGACGGAAGGAGGAUAUAGGAUUGGCGAGUCAAGGCGAGUCAACUCGAGAAAAUAGGACGAUCGGGAGAAACCUAGCGGGAAACUGAUCGUGGUCAUCUGAGAAUUGACGGGAUAUUUAAUCCCCGUGUAGAUCGACAAUUUCGACAGACUCGGUCCUUCACGUCGUAAUUAUUUCUAUAUUUAUGUGCGCCUGUAUAAAUUUCUGUAAUUCUUUUGUACAAUAUCUGUAUAAGGACAGUAUUUCGAUGAUAUGCUGUAAAUAAAUUUCGUCGAUG